AUGCUAUCAGCCAACAUACCACUUAAUAAGCUAAGUAACGUUCAAUUCAAACAAUUUUUGGAAAAAUAUACGGUGAAACAAAUUCCGGCCAUUACUACUUUACGCAAAUGCUAUGUCGAUGAAAUUCAUUCUGAAACUAUGAAUAAAAUUAGCAAUGAUAUCACUGGUAAAAAGAUCUGGGUAUCAAUAAAUGAGACCACCGACUCAUUAGGCCGAUCCAUUGCAAACGUAGUAAUCGGUACUCUUGAAACCGAUGGUCCAGGGCAAACAUUUUUAUUGAAUUCCGAAGUACUGACCAAAGCUAAUCAUUCGACUAUUAUUUGA